UUAUUUUUGCUAGCUUGGCGCUGACUUUUUUUUUUUUUUUACUAUGUGGCUGAGACCAGUACGAAGGCAGUCGCACUCUGAUGAUCAAUAGAAUAUUUUUUGUUCAGUCUCUAAGUGCAGCGUCGUGGUCGUUCAUAAAGAGUGAGGUUGCUGCGGUAGACGUAGCAGCAUACAGCCAGAGGAGUAGCAAACCCAAAACAAGCAGCGUGGUACCCUCAUGCGUCUCAGCCAACCAGGUGCCCGUGAAGCCGUUUUCCCACAACAAGCUUCAUGUGACUGUACACAAACGCAUCAGCUGAGCCUCAGGCACGUCGCUGACAGGCUGCCUUACACUGGGACUUGGGGUGUGGGGGCGUGGGGGGGGAUGGCCUUGAGCAUUUAGUUCCUUGUUUGGGAUCCAAACGUAGCCGGGCUGCGGAACACGAUGGUCAAAGGAAUCUGCGAGCUCGCCGCCGUGUGCGUAGGCCUGGUGGGGCUGAUCGGGGCGGCCGCCACCACCGGGAUGCCCAUGUGGAAGGUGACGGCCUUCAUCGGGGAGAACAUCGUGGUGAUGGAAAGCCGCUGGGAGGGCUUGUGGAUGAACUGCUACAGGCAAGCCAACAUCAGGAUGCAGUGUAAGGUGUACGACUCCCUCCUGUUCUUGCCCGCCGAGCUCCAGGCCGCCAGGGGCCUCAUGUGCUGCUCCCUGGCCUUGUCGGGACUGGGGCUCCUGUUGGCUACGUUGGGACUGCGCUGCACUUCCUGCUUCCGCGGUAACGACAGAGUCAAGGCGGCCAUCUUGUCGGUCGCCGGCGGCAUGCAGCUCCUGGCUUCCGUCUGCGUCUUCAUCCCCGUGUCGUGGACGGGACACGUCAUCAUCCGGGACUUCUACAACCCUUUGCUGAUCGACGCCCAGAGGAGGGAGCUGGGAGACGCGCUUUACAUCGGUUGGGUGACCGGCGCCUUUCUCUUUGGCUCCGGCUUGUUGUUCCUCUGCGGUCUGCGGAUGUCGGACAAAAGGUCCUCGGACGUGUACCACCCCGCUGCGCUGAGGAAGCCCGUUGUGAUGGACUACCAGCCUAUCCAGAGUCUCUCCAGCCUCACACCCUACCCCGUCCAGCAAGGCCCAAACAGUCAAUAUCUCAUCAAUCAGAGAGACGCCGUCGUGCUCAACCCGACCGAAAGCACCUUCCGCUCGUAUCAAGGCAGCGCGGCCCAACAUUCGUCCCUGAGGCACUCAAACCCACUGGGGAGCAUCUACACGCCGGUCAACUCCUUAUACUUGAGCCACAACAGCACACCAUACACACUCACGUACAACCCCAGCAUGUCCUAUCAAUCCAGCUUCCACCCCGCACCUCAAACGCCCGUUUUCAUUCCAUAUAAAUCAUCCAGAAUUGAUCCGUCGUCUUACAGCGGGAGCAGCCCAGGCAUGUACAUCUGAACAAAACGCAACCAUCGCAGCAUAUUCAUGUUGGUUGGAAACAAAGCUUUGCUAUUUCAUACCUGAACCCUGUUUUUGCUUCGUCUUGUGCUACAGUGGAACUUGCCGCGAGCGGCGAAAAUACGUGAGCAAUUGAUGCGCACCCUAAAAGGUUUGCAUUUGCCUAUAGACACCAUAAGGUAGCGCCAAA